GCAUCUAUGGCUAACAGUGUUAGUAAUCCCAAAGAUUUUAAACAUCAGGCAACCCCAAAGGCACCUGCGCCCCAACACUGUUUUUUUGUGGCUCGUCCCAAAGACUUGAAUGAUAGGCAUCCCAAAGAUCCCUACAUGCCACUUAUUCUUAAUACACGAAAGCUCUAG